AUGCUUGGUUCAUGGCUGAACGAGAUCCAAAAAACACUUGACAACGUCUCGGGAUUAGCUGGGAAGUUGGAGGAAUUCGAAGGCAUUGAAGAAAAAGAGGGACAUGGAAGCGAUGACGUGGUGCAUUUAUCGGGUAGUGAACUUAAUGAAGUGGAAGGAGGGGUCAUUUCUAUGCAGCUAGCGACCAAACAGAAAGAAACACAUCAGGAGGAUAGUAGUACACAUGGUGUUGCUCCAUCGGCUAUCGGCAUGGGGGAUUGUUGCGAAGUUGAAGCUAGUGACAGGUUGUUACCUCCCGCUGUGUUGCAAACGCGGUCGAGUGACGUGAGCUGCGAGCUCGGACAAAAGUUUGACACGACAGAAAGAGAGCAAGGCAAGACUGCAGUCACGGGAACGAAGCAGACUCCAGUUACGUUUCUGUCCAAGCCCGGGGAGCGCGGCGGAGGCGAGGGCAUUUUCAAGGGAGCGAGCAGUGGGGUCGUGUCUGAGGAAGGUGAUAAUCGAUCAUUAGUCACUUCGGAAGAUCACACCCACGACAGUAGAAAUCUGCAAGAAGGACAAGGAGGGGGCACUGUUUCCAGUAGUGAUCCGAAUGCUACUGACGGGCAGCUGCUCCGAUUCCAAGCAUUGUUGGCUGAGGAAAUGGAAACAUCGCAGCGUCUGAACGAUGAGAACAAGCGUCUCACUCAAAGCAUUUUGUCGCUUCAAAAGGAGGUUAAUAGCCUUCGUAAUCUAAAGCGGAGCACUGUAGACAAGGAGAAAAUGGCUUCCCUCGAGAGGGAGGGAGUGGAGCUAUCGGAACAGCUUGGAAGGGAGCGGGAGCGGAGUAAACAACUUUUAGAAAGAAAGGCAGAGGCUGAGGAUCGUGUUGUGUCGCUGGAACGACAGCUCCGACAAGGCGCAGCGGAUUACAAUGAGCUUCAGAACAUCGCAGCUGCGAGGCAGACACAGUGUGAGGCUACGCAGAGGCAGGUGAACGAGCUCACUAUUCAGCUAGAAGAGAAGAAUAGACGUGUGCAGGAGUUACAAGGUGAGGUGUCCCGUUACGUGUCAGAGCUUAAUCAUCGUUGUGACACCGCAAAUGAUGUGGUGGAGUCACUCAAGCGGGAGAAGGAGGUGUUUGUUUCCUCCUUACAUCGAAACCAAAUGGAGUACGAGCUCCACAUUCAGCAGUUGGAGAAGAAACUCCUUCAAGCAGAACAUCGUGCGGAUCGAGCGGAAACUAGGCUCGUGGAGCAUGAGCGGGGCUCCCUAAAUCCGUUGCGUGAGUUGCGCGCGGCGCUCGAUGACACGGAACGACAGAAGAAACAGCUGCUGGAGGAAGCAGCGCUGGCAGCUGAGGAGUGCGCUGCUUUGAAGCGUGAUCAUGUUGUGGUCGUGGAGAGCUAUAAGCAACAACUUGCAGGUGUUCAAAACGAAUUACGUGCCGCAGUGGAUGAGAGAACUGCCUCCAUUCAGGAGUUAUUACAGUGGAAGGGAAGGCAUACCCAAGUACAAAAGGAAUUGGGGGAUGCGCUCAUACGGGCUGCGCAAGCCGAGGCACUCAAUAAACAGAUUAAGCAACCAGCUGACGCUGUGUGCACCGGCAUUCAGCCCCGAAGUGGAUCGAGGUGCUCGUCUUCAAUUGCCGCUGCCGAGCCUUCCUUUGUUCCAUCCCAACCACUAACCCCCGUUGACGUUUGCGCGAAUAACACAUGUUUAGCGUUGCUUCAUUUUCAUACCGACGGGCCCACUAGCCACUUUUCUCGUGGUGGCCGAGAGCGGAUGGAAAAGGAGCUGGUGCGCCAAGCGGUGGAGAUUGAGAGUCUUCGCCGUUACAAAGAUGAAGUUGAGGAACUGCGAAAAAAGCUAGCAGCUCUCGCUGCCCAGCAUGACUUGCUCAUGCAGAUGUACGGGCAGUUGCAAGAGGAGACUCAGCAACAGACGAAAUCCCAGAGUUGA